GGUACAACCAAACUGAUUUGAUGAUUAUAUUCUGAAUCCCAUUUGCUUGAUCUCCAUAACCAACACUCCAACCUCUCUUCUUCUCAUCUCUUUCUUCUCUCUUCACCAUCCUCUCCUGAAUCAGAGCCCCAUGUACCCAAAUAUUGAGCGCAUUUUCUUCUCAAAAGAGAAUUCUGAUGAAGAUGUCGGCAUAAAACCCGCUCUCCAGUUUCAAAAUCAUCACUUCAUUGAAAGCGUCCCAAAAUGUUCCCAGUCUAGGGCGAUUUCUGACUCUCUGGGAUUACAGCCGUCAACGAGACUGGAUAAUCCAAUUUCCAAUCUCAAUCAGAGCCAGUUUGACAGAAGAAACAGCUCCCAGCCUCAUUCUACAGCCCAAAAAGAAAAGAAGAAAGAAAGAGAAGGAGAAGGGGAGGGAGGAGGAUUCUUGUUAUUAUCAAAAGAGAAUAGCAAGCUAAAGGCAGAAGAGGAGGAGGAGGAGGAGGAGGAAGAGGAGGGGGAGGAGGAAGGGUUCAGAACUCCAACUACUUUGGAUCAAAGAAUCCCAGAGGCCAAACAGUGCCCGCCAGCACCCAGAAAACCCAAGCCAUCUCUGAAAAGAAAAGCACCCCACACUCUCGCUACUGCCCCAAUUUAUCUUUCAUCCAAAGAGGUUCAGCUAUUGUUCCCAGUUCAACACAACCCACUUUCCGAUUCCCUCAGAAUCACCAAGAAGAUUCGAAGAGAUGACCCCAACUGAUCUGAUUUGGUUCUCAAAAACUACAUGCUCCAUGGUUUCCAUGUGUACUAAUAAGGUUGGACUUCUCUAUAUAACUCUCCUGGACUUCUGGUGUUUAAAUUAUGACGCUUGGUGAUUUGGGAUGUGCAUGACAAAGAGAGUUGCGUAGAACGUACUAACUAUCAUGGGGGUGGUCAGGAGUUGAAUCCCCAGACCGGUGAACAAUUUAGAAGAUCUUCGCUCACUUGAUGUAUAUUUUAUGAUAAUUAUGAGUUAUUAGCUGUAACUUUCUCCUUAAUGAUAAACCACUUGAUCUCCGGAGAGUUUUCACUUCUC